CGACCGCCAUGUUGCAGCUCGCGAUUUGUCGUCCACGACGCGACGACGCGCUGACAUUGUUUUGACUUGCGUUUAUCAUCGAAAUCGCGCGGCAAGCCCCGAAAUGUCGUUCGGCAGCGGUUUCGGAACGUCUACGUCGACGCCGGCACCCACGUUCGCUUUCGGCACCACGCCGGCCUCCACGGCAACGCCGGUUAAACCUGUGGCAGGAUUUGGAACACCCUCAUUUGGAUUUAGUACAUCGACGAUUACUACUUCGACACCAAGUUUAUUUGGUAGUCCAUCAACUCAGACUACUGGAUUUGGUACUGGAACGGGAUUUGGUACUCCAGCGGCUACAGGAUUCGGCGGUACGCCGAACACAGGUUUUGGAUCUGGACCUACAUUCGGUACCACAUCGACCAGUGCUUUUGGUUCAGCGCCGGCUUUUGGGAGUACUCCCGCUUCCUCCACAGCCACUGGAUUUGGGACAACUUCAACUUUUGGCAGUACUCCAGCCUCCACCACCGGCUUCGGUGGAUUUGGAACAACGACGACAACAUCGUCAUUGAAUUUCGGAAGUUUUGGUGGAUUUGGCACAACCACUACUACAUCUGCCCCUAGCUUAUUUGGUGGAUUCGGUACUACAAGUACUCCAUCAACCGGCUUUGGUGCAUCCACAGGUUUUGGUGCAUUUGGAAGCAAGCCAGCCACUACCAGUGGUGCUCCUGGAUUUGGUGGAUUUGGAACAGGAUUCACUGGAUUUGGUACUGGAUUAACGCAACCUCAACAACAACAACAACAGCAGCAACAACAACAACAACAACAACAACAGCCACCUACAAAUAGUGUUUCGGAAGCUCUCUAUAAUGCUGUGUUCAAUUGUCAAUUAUACAACGACGAGCGAGACAAUACUAUUGCUAGGUGGAAUCUCAUUCAAGCAUUAUGGGGUACAGGAAAGGCUUAUUAUUCCAUAAAUGCCCCACCUAUAGAUCUUACUCAGGAAAAUUCAUUGUGCAGAUUCAAAGCCAUCGGGUAUAGCCGUAUACCCGAUGCUGACAACAACGACGGUUUAGUGGUGCUGUGCUUCAAUAAGAAAGAGAAAGACGUACAGGAUGGCAAACAACAAUUAAUUAUAUUUCUGAGUGGUUUGUUGGGGAACAGGUCCAAUCUAACAAUAACCAUUGACAAUAUUAAAUCCACGGGAGAGAACAAAAGUCAAGUGACUACAUAUGUAUCGGAAAAAGGAAUCACCGGCUCUAGAAAAAUUCCCGCCAACGAAUUGGUUGCGUAUCUGUCGCAGAUGAUGCAAAAGCAACAGCUGCUACAGAAUGGGGUUGAAGAUAUAUUUCCACUGAUGAAACUCGAUCCGUCGCAGCUAAAAGAGUAUCUAGAUAAUCCACCUUGCGCCAUUGAUGCCAGAUUAUGGAAGCAAGCGCAAUUGGACAAUCCCAAUCCAGAAUUGUAUAUUCCAGUUCCUAUGAUUGGUUUUCAGCAAGUUAAACACAGAUUGAAGUGCCAAGAAGAGGAGACUGCUAGACAUAGAGCGUUCUUAGAUAUGGCAGCAGAAAAAAUACAGGGUCUGCAAAGACAGCAUACAGCUACACAGGCUCGGCUCAAGGAACAUAGACGUACAUUAUUGGAACUUCAACAUCGAGUUCUGCAGGUGCUAGUUCGACAAGAAACUACACGUAAAGUUGGAUUAUCCUUGCAACCGGAAGAAGAAGUUUUAACGCGGAGAUUUGAAGCGAUGCAUUCGCAAAUCAGUGCUCCGACACAAUAUAAAGGUAGAAUUAGCGAGAUGCUCUCUCAGCUUAGAAUGAGGCGGCAUAUCGAUAUUCAAAAUCAGGAGAGAUAUACAAUGGACCCUAUAGCACAGGAUGAUAUUAAAGCAUAUCUGAGUAUGGAACAACAGGGCAUGGCGCAACUUAUUGCAACAAUAAAUAGCGAUUUAGAAAGUUUAAAAAUUAUCAAAGACGGAAUGUCGGAUCUUUUAGUGAGCCAAAGUAGUAUAUCCUGAGGAUUGUAAUGUAUAAUAAAAAACUUUUCCACAUGCCUUCCUUACAAUUAAGAAUUAACAUUAUCAACAUUAUUGGUAACAUGAUUAAUAUAUAAAUUGAAAUAUCUUUCACAAAAUUGUGCCAUAUUUAUUUCACUUAUAUGCAAAUUCUACAAUUUUUUUGUACUUGAAUGUUGAAGUGUUGAUUUUAUGUAUUUAAUGAUUUUGGCAGUUUAAUAACUUUUGCCUGCUUAUUAUACAGAAAAUUGUAUUAUUUAACAUGUUUCUUAUUUUAUUUCACAUUUUGCAUAUUUCUAUAUUUUGUAAACUACAAUGCAAAUAAACGAAUAUGUGCAAAGCACAUUCUAUAACGAGAUUAAAAAUGCAUUGUGUAGAUAAAUAAAUACAAAAACAAUGAUUUAUUAUAGAUAUACAAAAUCACAAAAGAAUGAUUUACAGAAUGUUCUACAGCAUGCAUCAUAAAUAGAAAAUCUACACAAAUUUUGUGUUACAUAAGUAUUAUGGAUUUUAUACUUGAGUAUCUGAUUAAAUAAGUAUAUGAUUAUUUUAUAAAA